GUCCAUAGGUGUAGAAGACUUCGCCAAGUCUUCCCUCAAGCCAAAUAGAGAAAGAAGAGAGGCUUCAUAGUUGGAUGGUUUCAUUUCCCUCAUAUCCAUCUUUUUUUCCGAUAAAGGGCGGAAUUGGAACUCAUUUCCAUCUAGAGCUAUCAUCGACCCACUCAUAUCUAGCUUCCCUGAACUGAGCACUGCAUCCAUUAUUCGCGAACUGCAGAACAGAGGGGAGAUUCGGGUAGGGACUGUAUUGUUUUUCGAUGUUCCUGUUUUCAGGUGCAUGCUCGGGAAAGCGGCCAAAUGUUCCAUUAGCUUCCCAGCAAUUGGAUACUUGUUCAGAUGGUGCUCAAAAUUGUGGUGCAUCAGCAGGGAAGAAGAAUGACAGGGACAAUGAAAGAACUGAUUCGGCUAAGGGCGAUCGUGAUUGCCCUCUUAAUGUUGAUGAGAGUAAAUUUGAAAAUGUUAAGAGGGACAUUCUGUGGUCCAAAAUCAAAGAGAUAACAGAAAAUGAUAGACUUCUUGAUGCUGAAGCGGCCGAGAAGCUAGUUCAGUUAUUGCAACUUGAUCGAACUGAAUGGAAAAUAGACCUUGCCGGUCGAGCAAGGGUUGCUGAUAUUAUCGCAGCUACAGAAAAUCCUGAGUGCCUUGGCAGGUUUAUACAACUGAGGGGCCUUCUGGUGUUGAAUGAGUGGCUUCAAGAGAUUCACAGAGGGAAGCCAGCUGGUGAAGUGGGUAUGCAACUAAGGGGCCUUCCCGUCUUGAAUGAGUGGCUUCAAGAGAUUUACAGAGGGAAGCCGGGUGAAGGGGGUAAUCCUACAGAACCUGAUAAGCCUACUGAAGAACUUAUCCUUGCCCUGCUUCGUGCACUAGCGAAAUUGCCUAUCAAUCUGAACGUCCUACAAAGCUGCAGUAUUGGGAAAUCUGUCAAUCAUCUGCGCAACCAUAAAGAUCAGGAGAUACAGAGGAAGGCUAAGUGUCUUGUUGAGGACUGGAAGAAGCGCGUUGACGCUGAAAUGAAGUCGAAUGAUGUAUCAAACCUCAAGCGUGUUGACACAGCCGCAACACCUGCCAAGAGGAAGUUCAUUUCCCCCAAGCAGUCAAACUACAAGGCUUAUGACAUUGGAAAACAUGACGAUGGACAAUCCAUCCGAUCUUCAAAGAGCAUCAACAACCUUUUGUCUUCUUCAGCAACGGCUGAUCAAUUAAUUGAACUUAAAGCCCUUCAGAGCGUACUGAUGGACGCAAAUGCAGAGCCAACUAAGCUAUCAUUUCCAUUCAUAAGAUAUAUCACACAAAAAUUCCGUCAAGAGAUCGGUCGUGGUGGGUUCGGAGUGGUUUACCUGGGAGAUAUCGGAACUGGGAAGGUUGCUGUGAAGAAACUCUCCAUAAUGCAGAACUUUUCUGAGGCGACCUUUCUGGAUGAGAUUAAUUGUUUAAUAAAGGCAAAGCAUACCAAUAUAGUGAGAUUUCUAGGUUAUUGUGCGGAUACAUAUGGGGAAUAUGUGCGAUACGAAGGAAGUCUUGUGCUAUCAGAGGUACCACAACGGUUGCUAUGCUUCGAGUAUGUUCCUAAUGGAAACCUUCAGAAGUAUCUUGAAGAUAAGUCUCAUAAAGAUGAAUGGAAAAUACGAUACCAAAUGAUUAGGGGAAUUUGCAACGGUCUGAACUAUCUUCACGACCAACGUAUUAUUCACUUGGAUUUAAAACCCGACAAUAUUCUUUUGGAUGCUCGCAUGGAUCCAAAAAUUACAGACUUUGGGAUAUCAAGAUGCUUUGAUGAAGGAAUAACUAGAGUUUACACUAAAAAUGUUCGUGGAACACGGGGAAUUAUUGCACCAGAGACCAUAGUCCAUGGUGAAAUAACAGUUAAAUCAGACAUAUAUGGUUUGGGUAAUAUAAUCAUUCAUCUAUUAACAGGGCGUAACAAGUAUGACUUCGAUAAUUGGCAUACAUCUAUAGACGUGGACGGCCCACAAGCAAAGUGCUGCAUUGAUAUUGCUAAAAGAUGUGUGGCUUUUAACCAACAUGAGAGACCUACAAUUGGUGAGAUCAUGCAAAAGCUGAAUGAGAUAGAGACGAUAUGAUUCAAAGGGCCAGUACCUUCAUUAUACCAGAUGUAAUAAUGUUCACUUAGGGAUAUAUUUGGUGCAUACUCCUUGCUUGUGGUGCAUCUGUGGACAUUCCACACUCUCAUAUUCUAUAAAUAAAGUAGUAAAAUAUGUGCUUUGCAAAAAAAAAAAAACUCACGUAAUAAAUGUAACAUAAAGGUCUAUGCUUUUCAGUGCAAACAUCUAUAUUUUUUCCCCUAUUCCACCAUGCUACAAGCCUACAACAUGUGCAAGAAUGACUAAUGUUACAUAGAUAUUUGUGCCUCAAUGACUAAUGUUAUAUAGAUAUUUGUGCCUCAAAUUCGGCACUCCAACGACGUCAGACGGGAACAACAUCAGCUAGUUGCACCGAUUCAUCCUGAGAGAUAAUGUAAACGGUUUAGAACAUUAAUCAACUUAAUGAAGAUUUGAAGAGGGUACUAUGGAUAAUUGUCAAAUACUCCCUCCGUUCCAUAUUUCUUGUCAUGGACUAAAACCACUACAAGAAUUACGGAAUGUGUUGUACAUUUGAUAACCUGAUUAGGAGUCACAUAAAUGUGUUGUACUAGUUGAUGCACCCGGCAUGCUGGCAUUGUCUCCGACUGAGUACACCUUUAGGUCGCAGCAGGUACUCUUUUUCUUUUUUGACAUUAGUCACAGCUGGUACUAUGU